AAAAGAAUUGAUUAUAAAUUAUGUUUAAAUUCACCUCGUCAUAAUAUCUAUUAUUAGUUUGGUGUAUAAAUUUGUAUUAUUUGUUUUUAAAUUAUGAAUAAAUUGGAAUAUCCGCGACGCAAUGGAGCACACAAAAUACGUAUAACAAUAUUGUGUGCAAGAAAUUUGGUUCGAAAGGAUUUAUUUCGCCUCCCUGACCCCUUCGCAAAGGUUCAAGUCGAUGGUACUGGACAGGUUUACUCAACGGAUAUUAGUAAAUCAACAUUAGAUCCAAAAUGGAAUGCCCAUUACGAUUUGUUUUUGGGUCGCAACGAUUCCAUAACCAUCACCGUAUGGAAUCAACGAAAAAUUCACAAAGGCAGCGGAUUUUUGGGCUGUGUUCGCAUACCAUCAGAAACAAUACAACGUUUAAAAGGAGCAGGAUUCCAACGUUUGGAUUUAGGCAAAUUUUCAACGGAUGAUGAUGAAAUGGUGCGUGGCCAAAUAAUCAUAGCAUUUCUAUCAAAAGAUGGCCCCUGCAGUGGCAAUCCCCUAGCUAUAGUCGGCCCUGGCGGUGAUGUACGCGGACCAUCCGAGGACGAUUCAUCGGAGGAUAGUUUACCCGAAGGUUGGGAGGAACGACGUACGGGUAACGGGCGUGUAUACUAUGUUAAUCACACCACAAAGACGACCCAAUGGGAUAGGCCAAGUAAACACAGUUCGAUGCAACAAUCGCAGCAGCUACAAACACCACAUCACCGUCCAUCAACACAAAAUGGCACAGUGACGACAUCUGGUGGUGGUGGUGGUGGUCAUCAUCCCGUGGUUGGUCCCACACGUUCCACGACAUGUACGAACUUACUGAAUGGCCAUAAUAAUCGUAGUGCCAGAGAGAAUGAUGAACGUCGUCAUUCAACGGAAAUUUUGUCAAUGCCAUCGAUUGGAAUUGUUGUGGGUAAGGAAAAUUGUAGUCCUACCAGAGUAGAGACCACUGAGGCCACACCACAAUCUGUGUCCACGACGCCCAGCAAUAAGAAGAGCAGCAGGCAGCAUCAAGUCGCCACCAGUUCAACACCAUCACCGCCAAUGGGGGCGAGCACAAACAAUUCGGAACAUAAUACUAGCGCACAUUUAAGUUCUAAUUCAGGACCACAGACACCGCGACACAACCAUGCCGUUACACGCGAGGAGGGCCAACAGGUCAAGACACCAAAGCAUGGAGCGCCAGCCCCCAGUCUACUAGCAAAUGGCCACAGUAAUGUGGAGUCGGCGAACACAACAACACCCCAGCGUGUACCAGCGCAAAAUCAAAUCCAAACCGCCCAAAAUUUAACCAAUGGCAACUCAUCCUCAUGCAAUGGCGUGGUGAUGACCCAGUCGGCUCAGCCACAAUCCUCCCAUCAUGCCGCACCCAGUUGGAAUGCCAACGAGGGCGAUAAUUUGAAUGCUGGCACACCAAGGCAAAGCCCCGUUACCAAUGGUAAUGGCAACAAUAAAUGCGGCAGCAAUGGUAGUGGGGGCAACGGCAGCAAUGUACAGAGCCCCAAUGCCAAUACAUCCUCAGCUAAUCCUCCAAACACAAGUAUUAAUGUUGCAAGUCCUCCCAAUGCAUCCACGAAUCACAUAAACAAUGUCCGAGAUAGGAGUUCAGCGGAAACGCCCAGAGGAAGUGGUGGAGGUGGUGGUGGCGAUUCACGUACACCCACUUCUUCCUCGUCCGCUGCCAAUGCCAGUUCUCAACGUUCACAACGAAGAUCAUCGCGAAAUGUAGACGAUUCUUCCCGUCGACGGGGCUCAAGAAGUUCACGCUCAAACAACAGCAGUGGUCUACGCCAUCCGGGAAUUGUUGCAGCCAGUUCACAACAGAGCGCUAGACCCUUCAUGGAUUUGCCUCCCGGCUAUGAAAUGCGCAUCACCCAACAGGGUCAGGUCUAUUUUUAUCACAUACCCACUGCCAUUUCUACGUGGCACGAUCCUCGUAUUCCUCGGGAUUUUCACACGGACAAUUUGACCCUGGAUGCCAUCGGACCCUUACCAAGUGGCUGGGAGCAGAGGAAGACUGCAUCGGGUCGUGUGUACUUUGUUGAUCACAAUAAUCGAACCACACAAUUCACCGAUCCCCGAUUGAAUGGCAACAUUUUACAGCUAAUACGCAGAGGUGUGGUACCGCCAGGCAACACCUCCAGUCCAUCGGCUAACGGCAGCAAUUCAGGGAACACAUCUUCACCCGCGGCCAAUACAAGUGCUGGUUCUGGCAAUGGCAGUAUUAUACAACACCUUUCGCCAGCAGCAUCACAUCCUCUGGCUGGGAGUGCGACAAGUGGUGUUAACAGCAGUUCUGCAGCAACGGCGGCAAAUGGUGCUCCUCACAUCCGUAUACCCGAGGGUCGUGCUGUUCCCGCCGACUUGCCACAGGGUCUACUUGAAGGUGCCGAUUUGCUGCCCAAAUACCGGCGAGACUUGGUCGGAAAACUGAGAGCUUUGCGAACAGAGCUGCAGGCGUUGCAGCCACAAUCGGGUCACUGCCGUUUGGAAGUAUCUCGCAACGAGAUAUUCGAAGAGAGUUACAGACUGAUCAUGAAAAUGCGUCCCAAGGAUAUGCGCAAACGAUUGAUGGUGAAAUUCAAGGGUGAAGAAGGUCUCGACUAUGGCGGUGUAGCUCGUGAAUGGCUGCACUUGUUGUCACGCGAAAUGCUCAAUCCCCAAUACGGACUGUUCCAGUACAGCCGCGACGAUCACUACACACUGCAAAUAAAUCCCGAUUCUGGUGUCAAUCCCGAUCACCUGUCCUACUUCCACUUUGUUGGCCGGAUAUUGGGUAUAGCUGUAUUUCACGGUCACUGUUUGGAUGGUGGUUUUACGACGCCAUUUUACAAACAACUGCUUAACAAACCAAUAACACUUAGUGAUAUUGAGGGAGUCGAUCCGGAACUGCAUCGUAGUUUGACAUGGAUGUUGGAAAACAAUAUUACCAAUGUCAUUGAGUCGACAUUUAGUGUGGAAAAUAAUAGUUUUGGUGCCUUGGUGGUACAUGAACUAAAACCAUCGGGAGCCUCAAUACCCGUGACCGAAGAUAAUAAACGUGAAUAUGUAAAACUGUAUGUAAAUUAUCGAUUUAUGCGCGGCAUAGAACAGCAAUUUUUAGCAUUACAAAAAGGCUUUUGUGAAUUGAUACCCAAUCAUUUGUUACGUCCAUUCGAUGAACGAGAAUUGGAAUUGGUUAUUGGUGGCAUUUCCAGUAUAGAUGUUAAUGAUUGGCGCAACAAUACCAGACUGAAACAUUGUACACCAGAAACACCGCAAGUUGUUUGGUUCUGGCAGGCGGUGGAAUCGUAUUCCUCGGAAAUGCGUGCUCGACUUUUGCAAUUUGUUACGGGUUCUUCGCGGGUUCCCCUGCAGGGCUUCCGUGCUUUGCAAGGCUCAACGGGGGCUGUGGGACCCAGGCUAUUUACGAUACAUCUGACCUCAGAUGUACCAACACAAAACCUGCCCAAAGCCCACACAUGCUUCAAUCGCAUCGACUUGCCCCCCUACGAGAACUAUCAGCUGUUGUAUGAUAAACUAACCCAAGCUGUCGAAGAAACCUGUGGAUUUGCCGUGGAAUAAUUUU